CAUUGACCUGAAGAGACAUGUCGACAAUACUACUGCAAGGAAUCUGGGACUGGGUCCCGGGACACGCCAACUGGAGUGGAGAGGCCGUCUUUGGAGAGGCUACACGUACCCUCACAACUCUCGUGAAGCCGGCAGGUUAUCAUUCUCAAGCAGAGAUUGGAGGGGAAAUGUCGACAAUGCUGCUGCAAGGACUCUGGGACUGGGUCUUAGCACAUGCCGACUGGCUCCACUCUCCAUUUUUUCCAGUGCUCUUCUCCCUGGGAACCUACCUGCUCUUCUGUCUGCCUUACGUGGCUCUGGAUCUUCUAUCUCCACACGUGGAGCUCAUCCGCCGCUACAAGAUCCAGCCGAAGCACCAUGUGUCCUGGAGGGUGAUGUGGACUUGUCUGGCCCACUCUCUGUACAACCACCUGGUGUUCAUCUUCCCUCUCACUGUCAUCCACUGGUAUUGGAGGCAGGUGAGCUUGCCUACUGAGGCUCCACACCUGCUAAAGGUGGCACAGGACAUGGUCACCUGUUUGCUGAUGUUUGACUUCCAAUAUUUCGUGUGGCACAUGUUGCAUCACAAGGUGCCCUGGCUGUACCGCACGUUCCACAAGGUGCACCACAAGUAUACGUCAACGUUUGCUCUGAGUACGGAAUACUCCGGAAUGUGGGAGACUCUCUCGCUGGGGUUCUUUGCUGCCAUCAACCCCCAGCUGCUGGGCUGCCAUCCGCUCACUGAGCUGAUGUUCUUCGUCCUCAACAUCUGGCUGUCUGUGGAGGACCACUGUGGAUACGACUUCCCCUGGGCCACUCACCACCUGGUGCCUUUUGGACUUUAUGGGGGAGCGCCCCACCACGACCUCCAUCACCUCAAGUUCAAGUCCAACUAUGCCCCGUACUUCACACACUGGGACAAACUGUUUGGAACUCUACACCAGGAUUAAAGAGACUGAAGUAAACGUCCAAAAUACAGAUACUUGGACAUAUUUAUUUCAUUAUGGGCCAGCACAACUAUGCUGGCAUGUACUAUGAAAUUAAGCUCUACUAUGAAAUUAAGCUACCACCAAUGUAUUUAUUUUAUUUAUUAAUGCAUUUCAUAAUUUAUUGUAACAGUAUUUGUAGUGAGAAACAAUACACGUUUCUAAUUUUGAAGAUUUGAUGUAAUGUGUUCAAAUGUCCAGCUAACGAGCCAGCUGGCAGUGAACGUUUUGUUGGAAGAUUUAUCAUUGCACUUUUGAACAAUUGUUAUAACUGAUGCUGCUGCAAACCGAAGGAAAUCUGCACUGAAUUUAUGUUAAUAAACAACUUUCUUGAAAUAUCCAACCACAGGAGCCGUGAUUGACAUUGUCUGUUCUAACUGCAAAAGAGAAGUGAGAAUUAUUUGAUGAAUGAAUGUGUUUGGGAGUUUGGUCAGGCAUGGUUAAUGUGUGGCCAGUAGAAAGCCUG